CGCAAAGUUCACACUCGUUGCUGAGAUAACUGGACGCGGGAACAAGCAGCGCCGUCGGAUACGUUCAUACGACAUGUCUAGCAAGAGACGCCGCACCGACAGUCCUUCCAAGGAGGAGGUUGAGUAUGGCCAUGUGGAUGUUGCCGCGUCCAAGGUCGUUGCAUUGCUGCCUACCGUUGCGAACGAGCCGACCACGGGCACAAUCAUGGACGGACCAAAGUUGCUGGCCGAGUUGGACGAAAAGUACACGUUCUUGGCGUCGUUGCUCAAGGAGUUCCGCGAUGAAUUAAACGUGCCGUCGACAACGCCUAUUUCGUCCGACCAAGGCUGGUUCUGGUUCAUGGAGAUGAAGUUCCUCAUCACGUUCCUGCAGCAGAUGUCGUAUAUGGAAUUGGCGCUGUCGUCGACAAAGCCCGACUCGUUGACGCACUUUGCGGCGAACCAAGCGCAGAAGAAUCGCGUUCAUCAAUGCGACCGCGACGAGAUGAUUGCGCGGUUGAAUUUCAUGGAGCGGUUGCAUGCGUACGUGUCGUGCGUUGGCGUGGCGCGGCUCGCGAUCACGUCGCCGUUGCCUCGGGUGCAUCGUUUAGCGACUCAGUACGACCUCACGGCCAAGGAACUGGACCUGUUCCAGCUCAUGGUGAUCUUCCAGGGCUGCCAGAGCACCACCGUACGCAGCCAGUUGAUUGAAGAAGACGUGAACCGCAAGAUGAUGAUGUUCCAGCGCUUGGCGUGCAUCUCCGAGAUCGACCUGGAAGAGUUCGUCGACGACACCCGCGUGCACGUGAAGGAAGGCACGGUGAUCGCCGAGCCCGACAACUACACGACGGUGCUAUCGCUGUCUUCGAUCUGCGUCCGCGUGUGCCUUGGCCGAACGCUGACGCCCAACCACAUGCUCAAGGUGAGCCAGACAGCGCUCGAAGAUUUGCUGCGCGCCGAAGGGUGUGUGGUGGAGCAGGCGUUGGAGUUGGGCGACGACCGCCGGCUCGUGGGCCAUAAUCAUACCAAGCGACACGAGGCAAGUUGCCCGAGUCCGUCAGACACCAACCCCCCGUCGCCCCGCGGUGACGACAUGGGGUUUGAAGAAGACGGGGUAGUCAAUGGUGACAAUGACGACGACAGUGACGACAAUGAUGACGAAAAGGACGAAGACAUUGCAUCGUUUAUUGGCACGUACAAGUCGACCAAGCCGCGUCGACAGCCUAACCAGCCUCAUCGGCAGGACAAGGCGGCGGAUUUGACGGGGGACGCGAGUUCGUUUGAACCGUACAACCCACACAACCAGCUCGAGUACUUGGAAGAUCGGUUCCAGGUCGUGGCAUUUGCCAUUCGAGCGUCGGGCGCGAGGGUCAAGGACCAGAUGAAGGAAGCCGGCACCAAGCAGCCGUGGGGAGAAAGCUACGGCAAUCCGAUGACGGCGGGACGGCGGGAACUCAAGGCCAAGCAGCGCGUGCAGGAUCGCAAGGUCAUGAAUCGCUUGUCAUUGACGCGGGCGGGGGAGAUUCCACUGCCGCGAUUGGAAGAGAUGGCAACCAAGUUCAAACUCAACACGUUUGAGCAAAACGUGAUUGUGAUGCUGAUUGGGAAAACCAUCUCGCCGGUACUAAAGAACUUGCUCGAGGGGGUCGACACGUCCGCCGUCCAGCGCAUGGACGAAAGCAUCACGGUCAACCAGAUCCUGAGCGUGUUUUGCGAUACAUUUCAAGAGCAAGUAGCGCAUCGGGUGUUCUUUUACAAGUCGGCGCGGUUGUUACAGCGCGGGUUGGUCAAGCUCAAUCGAGGGCGGUGGCACUCGAGUGGCGGCGAUCUCGUCGACCAGCGCGUCGAGCUGGACCGCCGCGUGCUGGAUUGGGUGGUCGGGCUCGAUACAGAAAUCAACGAGCUGGUCGAGGGAAGCGACCUGUACAACCCCAAGGUCCAGCUAAGCCAAGUGGUGCUGCCAGACGAGUACAAGCAGACAAUUCUGUCCACAGUCACCGCGUACGAGCACUUUCGCACGUAUCGCAAGACGAGCGGACUGGAUCAGACGCUCACGUACGGCACGGGGCUCGUGCUCCUCCUCUGUGGGGCCAGCGGCACGGGCAAGACCAUGACAGUCAACGCGGUGGCGCACCACUUGAAGAAGCGCGUGCUGUUGGUGGACUUUCCGUCUUUGCAGGGCAAAGCCAGCCAAGACCGAGGCGGCGAGUGCGACGCCGACUUGCGCGGGUUGUUUCGGGAAGCGGACAUGAGCAAUGCGAUCUUGUUCUUUGACGAGUGCGAGUCGAUUUUCAAGCAGCGCGAAAUGGGCGGCGACCGGCUGCUGAACGCGCUGCUGACCGAGAUGGAGCGGUAUGAAGGCAUUGUGUUUCUUGCGACGAAUCGGCCGUUCGACUUGGACGAAGCCAUGCACCGCCGCAUCACUGCAGUGUUCGAGUACAAGGCGCCCGACCACAUCCAGCGCCGCGAAAUCUGGCGCGUGCUUGUGUCCGACAAGCUCAAGUGUUGUCCAGAGAUUGACUGGGAAGCAAUUGCCCUGAAAUACGAACUCUCGGGGGGGUUCAUCAAGGUAUGUACGCGAUAGCCAGCGGUUGUCGUCGUUGAAUGUGUUUUAGAAUGCCAUCUUGUCGGCGUUGCUCAAAGCCAUUGGCCGCAACUCGACGGACCCUGUGAUCAACCACGACGACAUUGUGACGGGGUGCGCGCUGCAGAUGCGCGGCAGUCUGCACAUGAAAACAUUUGACCAUCGCGUGGUACCCACAACUGGACUGGACGCGCUGAUCGUGGCAGACGCCGUGCGAGCGACGCUGGCAGAAGUGGUGCAGUUUGAAAAAGCUCGGAACGUGAUCUAUGGCCAGUGGAACUUUGACUUUGGCCUCACGACCAAGUACAACAAGAAGAACCAAAAGGGCAUCUCGGUGCUGCUCAUUGGGCCAUCCGGUGUGGGCAAAAUCAGCGCCGCCAAAGCGAUCGGGUUUGAAGUCGGCCGGCCACUCAAACUCGUGCACUUUGCCCAACUCCAGUGCGACUCGGCCGCCGACACGCGCCGCGCGCUGCAGUCGACCUUUGACGACGCCCGACUCAUGGACGCCGUCUUGGUGCUGGAAGGCUUUGAGAUGUUUGGCAUGGACGUGCACGGCCAGGUCGACGCCGACUCGCCGAGGUUCCGCGUCGAAGCGCAGCGGUUGAUGGACAUGGUGGACACGUUCCCUGGCAUAUCCAUCCUCGUGGCCACAACCGCGUCGUCCGUGACGAGUCUGGACCACGAAUUCUCGCGCCGGCUCAAGUUUUUGAUCGAGAUGCGUCCGCCCACGGCGUCGCUGCGCACCCUCCUGUGGCGGUCGUUCUUUCCCCCCACGGCGCCCCUCGCCCCCGACGUGGACUUUGACAAACUCGGCAUGCGCUUUGAACUGUCCAACGACGCCAUGAGCAACGCCGUCUUCCGCGCGGCGGCCAUGGCGGCCCUGCGGCCAGAAGCCACGCGGCGCAUCACGAUGAAGGACCUUGUGAACGCGGCGGAGUUAGAAAAGAAGAAGGGGCGGAACAACGAGAUGCGAGAUCGGUUGUUUGUGUAACUUAACAGCGAUAUAGUAUUACAUAACUAUACACAUAUAGACAUAACGUGG